AUGACAGGAAAAUCUUAUAAUAGAAGACUAUGGCUUGACGGUUGCUUGGAUUUCUUUCAUUAUGGACACAGCAAUGCUAUUUUACAGGCUAAGCAGUUAGGCGACCAGCUAGUCGUGGGUGUACAUUCUGAUGAGGAAAUUACACUUCAUAAAGGUCCUCCCGUGCAAAACUUGAGUGAAAGAUGCCUCGCAGCAAUUACUUGCAAAUGGGUAAAUGAGGUUGUUCCUUACGCUCCAUAUGUAUUUGACCUUGCUUGGAUGAGAAAGUACAAAUGCCAAUUCGUGGUACACGGUGAUGAUGUAUCAACUGACGCUGAAGGAAAUGAUUGUUAUCGUCAUGCAAAGGCUGUUAAUCAAUACCUCGAAGUCAAGCGUACAGAUGGAAUCAGCACUACAGAACUACUAGACCGACUAUUAAACUCAACGCCAUUAUCAACCUACAGUAUUUCUCCAUCAAAUAUAAUGACUUAUGAAUCAAUUCUAAGAAGCUUUGCUUCUGCUCCAAACGGAAGAUAUCUGGACGUCAAUAUUUAUAUGUAUACCCCUAGUGGUCUUGAAGAAAUAAUUCCUGGCGUUUUUUCGAACAAGGUGAAGCUGGAAAAGUCCGUAUUAUAUCUUGAUGGCAAUUGGAGUUUAUUUACUGGUAUGCACAUGAAAACGUUAAAGGCAUGUGCAGAAACAUUUCCGGAUUUACCGAUAGUCGUCGGACUUUUUGCAGACGACAAGUGCACCGAAAAACCAGUAUUGAAUCUUUUAGAAAGGACGCUUAACCUUUUGCAGUGCAAGUAUGUUUCGGCUGUAAUAAUCGAUCCUCCCUCUGCAAAGAGCUAUAAUAUAUUAGAAUCCUUGAAAGUGAAAUUUGGAAGCCUUAUUGAAGACGUUUCGUAUCCCGAUAUCUUUGUAAAAGAUCAAAAUACGUAUCAAGUCACUUUAAGAGAGGAGCCAACUGAAAGCUUUCAUAUAUUAGACAAGCAAGGAUCGGAAGCAAUCAAACAGCGGAUUUUGUCAAAAAAGCAGGAGUUUGAAGAUCGUCAACGCAAGAAGCUAAAAAAGAACGCAACGGAAAACACCACCAUUCACACAUGCAUUACCCGUUAA